CACCAAAUUUCCAAUUAAUUGAAAGGGCCGUUGGAACACUUUUCGGAUCCAAGUUAAGAUGGAGCAACAACCUUUGAGCACGAGCGAAGUGAAACCAUUAGCGCCACCGCAACCACUUCACACGACCGAUCUAGACGACGAUGAUGAGAACGUCAAGCAGCUCGACGAAUGUUCUUCUCUCUAUCUCUUGAUGCAGGAUUGCGUUGUUCGAUCUAACCGGAAUUGGAAAGAAUGCCAGAAAGAAAUACAAGCUUUGAGGGAAUGCUCUGAAAACAGAAAGAAAAAUAAAGCAGAAGUGAGAAUUUAUAAGCGAUGAAGUAUUUGGUUAUUUAGUUACGAGGUCCUCUACUUUGCUUCCCAGCUAUUGUUCAUGGUAUCACAUUUUUGUACGCAUACACUUUCCAUUUUUACCCAUUAGCAUGAAUAUUUUGGGCUAUAAUUCAAUUGAAAGUUAUUGGGAUUGGACUUGGGGGAAUGGGGAGCUUGUGCAGAGAGCUGUAAAUAAACAGUGCUUCCAAUAGGAAAUGCCGAUGAUUAGUUUUAAGGUUGGAGUACUUAUCUUGUUUGCCUUGCCUUUACUAUAAUAAUCUCAAUUGCACAAUUCGUGCGGUUUGAUGAUAAUGUGUUGUUUGAAUAAUUUGUCAAGGAAAUGCCGAUGAUUAGUUUUAA